UUCGUCGCGUUCGCAACAGGGACGAAGAAAAGCCGAAAGGGUUUUGGUACGCUGCGCUGUUGUUGCGAAGUACAGUAGAAGAAGAAGAUGCCGGUUCCCGUUGCGGAUGAAGAGACGGCGCAAAUGCAGAUCGAUUCCAUCAAGGAGCAGCAGAAGCUCCAGAAGGAAGACGACGUAGUUGUCGAGGAGGUGAAGGACGGAGAGGAGGAGGAAGACGACGAUGACGAUGAGGACGAAGACGGUUCCGAUGGCGGACAUGGAGCUGGUGGGAACGAGAGCUCCAGGCAGAGUAGAAGCGAGAAGAAAAGCCGCAAGGCAAUGCUGAAGCUCGGGAUGAAACCUGUCACAGAUGUUAGCCGGGUUACCAUCAAGAGAUCCAAGAAUGUGUUAUUUGUCAUCUCGAAGCCAGAUGUUUUCAAGAGUCCAAACUCCGAGACUUAUGUCAUAUUUGGGGAGGCCAAGAUCGACGACCUGAGCUCUCAGCUACAAGCACAAGCCGCCCAGAAGUUCAAGAUGCCCGACAUUUCAUCCAUGGUUCCUAACUCGGAUGCCUCUGAAGCCACCGCUGCUCCACAAGCCGAGGAAGAAGACGAAGAAGAUGUCGAUGAGACGGGUGUCGAGGCCAGAGACAUCGAUCUGGUAAUGACCCAGGCAGGUGUUUCUAGGGCCAAAGCCGUGAAGGCUCUCAAGGCCAGCGAUGGAGAUAUCGUUAGUGCCAUUAUGGAACUCACUACUUAAAAAAGAGGGAGCAGGAAUUUAUUGUUGCCUAGAUUUUGUUUUCCUUUUGCUUUGGGUUCAUGGUCUUGGUCCUAAGACUAGCUGGUAAGGAUGGACAUUUCGGGUUUCGUUUCGAUAUUUCAUGUUCGGUAAGGGAACGGAUUAUUCGGUUUUAUAAAGAUUCUACCAAACACGAACCAAAUGUUAAUUGGUAUGGUUCAAUUUUAGUAGCCGUUCGAUU